UAUAAACUUUAUUUUGAUAAUACCGAUAUUGGGGCGCCUCGUCAGAUAGAUACGCCUAGAUUGGGCAAAUAGUUUUGAUUGACCCAUUCCGUAAGGCAGCGAAGAGGGGAAAGCAAUGAAUGCAGGUUGGAUCUUCCUUUUCUUUGUUAAUUAACAACAUUCUUCUGACUCAAAUCCCAAAUCCUCACUCAUUAUUAUUAUUAUAUAAAUAUCAUUCAUUUUCACCUGCCUAUAAAAGAAUCCACCAGGUUCCUUGAGUUUUCAUCACACUCUCACAAACAAAAGACACAAACCCAAAGAAAUCUUAAAACAAAGAAACAAUAUGGUCGGUUGGGCUAUAGCUGUUCACGGCGGCGCUGGUGUCGAUCCUAAUCUCCCACCACAGCGUCAACAAGAAGCCAAACAGCUUCUUACUCAUUGUCUUAACCUUGGCAUCUCCGCUCUCCGUUCCAAUGCCUCCGCUCUCGAUGUCGUUGAACUUGUCGUGAGACAAUUGGAGACAGAUCCAUUGUUCAAUUCUGGCCGUGGAUCUGCUCUCACAGCAAACGGAACGGUGGAGAUGGAGGCUAGUAUCAUGGACGGUACCAAGAGAAGAUGCGGUGCUGUAUCUGGCGUUUCCACCGUGAAAAACCCUAUCUCACUUGCUCGUCUUGUUAUGGAGAAAUCACCUCAUUCAUACCUUGCCUUCUCCGGCGCAGAAGAAUUUGCCCGUCAACAGGGUGUAGAGGUUACAGAAAAUGAAUACUUUAUCACUCCUGAUAAUGUUGGCAUGCUGAAACUUGCAAAAGAAGCCAACACAAUUCUGUUUGACUAUCGAAUUCCGACGGCCGGAAAAUGUGCAGGCCUCGAAAGUCCAGUGAAGAUGAACGGUCUGCCAAUAAGCGUUUAUGCGCCGGAGACGGUCGGAUGCGUGGUGGUUGAUAGUGAAGGAAGGUGUGCUGCCGCCACAUCGACCGGUGGUUUAAUGAACAAAAUGAGUGGUAGAAUCGGUGAUUCACCGCUGAUAGGUGCUGGAACAUAUGCAUGUGAGUUAUGUGGUGUAUCUUGCACUGGUGAAGGUGAAGCUAUCAUACGCAGCACUCUUGCACGUGAAGUUGCGGCAGUUAUGGAGUACAAAGGUUAUAGGCUUCAAGAGGCUGUGGAUUAUGUGAUAAAACAUCGUCUUGACGAAGGAUUUGCUGGUCUUAUUGCUGUAUCUAAUAAGGGUGAAGUUGCUUUUGGCCAUAAUUGUAAUGGAAUGUUUAGGGGUUGUGCUACUCAAAAUGGGUUUAUGGAGGUAGGAAUCUGGGAUUAGACAAAUAAAAAUCUAGGGAAAUUAUAUAAAAUAGUAGUGUUUGAGUUUUCUGGUCUAGGUACCAGUUAUAGUCAUUACUCCUAUGAAUUUUAAUAGUUGCUAGAACUGGCUACAUUUCCUUUUUCUAUGCUGUAGAAUCAUCAUAUUUAUAUAAAUAAAAUACCUAAUGAUUUUAGUA